CGGGGCCGGCCCUGGCCGCGGCCCCAUGGCCGAGGUGGGCGGCUUCCUGGGCGCGCUGGACCCCGACCUGCACGGCUUCCCCCCCGCGCUGGGCGGGCUGCCCCUCGCCGACUCGCCCGGCUUCCUCAACGAGCGCCUGGGGCAGAUCGAGGGGCGGCUGCAGCGGGGCUCCCCCACCGACUUCGCGCACCUCAAGGGCAUCCUGCGGCGGCGGCAGCUCUACUGCCGCACCGGCUUCCACCUGGAGAUCUUCCCCAACGGCACGGUGCACGGCACCCGGCAGGACCACAGCCGCUUCGGGAUUUUGGAGUUCAUCAGCCUGGCGGUGGGGCUGGUUAGUAUCCGUGGAGUGGAUUCAGGACUCUACCUCGGCAUGAACGAGAGAGGCGAGCUGUAUGGGUCGAAGAAGCUCACAAGGGAAUGUGUUUUCCGAGAGCAGUUUGAAGAGAACUGGUACAACACGUACGCCUCCACGCUCUACAAGCACGCGGACUCGGAGAGGCAUUACUACGUGGCUCUGAACAAGGACGGCUCCCCCCGCGAGGGGUACAGGACUAAGAGACAUCAGAAAUUCACUCACUUUUUACCAAGGCCCGUGGACCCUGCUAAAAUACCUGCAAUGUACAGAGACCUCUUCCACUACAGGCUUUGGAUGGUAAAGAUAAAUUUUAUAAACUGGUACAAGGGCAACAUCACAAGUGCAGCUGGAACGGAGCUGGUAAGCGUGAGCCCACUGGAAUGAGUGGCUGGACAUCCAACAAACCCUGGAACUGCAGAUCCGGUCCUGUGAGGCAGCAGGGACAAAAGAGGUCCUCAGGCCAAGCACCAGCACAGUGCAGCCCAUGGAGACCCAGAUGGGAUUGCUCAGGAGCUCGCCUCACUGCUGCGCAAAGGAACCUCGCUGGCACAGCCAGCGCCCUCACGUCCUUGCUGGGGUUGUCCUUACCACAGCUUCAUUUCUCACACCGCAGUUUCUCAGCCUCCACUUUGCAAAGCCGUUUGGGUGAAACUUCAGCCUCUUCAGCUCUACUCCCCGUUCCCAGAAGGAACAAUCCGGCUCCUUCGUAGCCCACGUACCGCUAGCGAGGCGGCCGCUCUGGGGCCCGGCGCUCCUGGCCACCUUCUGUCCUCUCUGCCACCUCCCACGUCCCCGCUGCAGCAUUUGCUACCCAACGUCCCAGCCGGUGCCGCAGCUGUCACAGACAACAGUCUGCAGAUUGCAAUGAAAAGAUUAAAGGAGCUUUACCUUGAAUGAUCUAGACAUGGAGGAAUUUAAUCCCGUGUUUGAAAUAAAAAAUGUUUAUUUACCUU